AUGGAAAGCCUCAUAACUUCGUAUUUCCCCAGAGCCAAAGGGAAGAAGAAACAGACCACUUCAAAGAGGAAAAGGACGACUGCAUCUGAACACAGCAAUGACGCCGAAUCAUCAUCUAUACCGAGCACUAAACGGUCCAAAUCUGACACACCCAAGUCGUCCAGGAAGACGGUCGUGCCGAGUUCGUCUCAAGGGAGAACACGCAAAGACGUCAUAGUCGUCUCUGACGACAUUGAUACAGCCGAGGACAUUGUCAAAGUAGUUGCUGUUACCCACACGCCGCGGGACAAGAGGGUCAACUCGAUUACCAUAGGCUCUUCAUACUCUCGUGCUAACCGCAAACCAGACCUCCGAGUGGCCGUACCCUCCGCAAAUAUAGAGGAAACUCCAUCCCAGCCAGACUCUGACUCUCCUCUGACACCUCUGCCAGCAGACUACCUCUCUGAUCCCAUUCGAGCUUCCCCACCCAAACCAGGCGCGAUGUCUGAUUCGCAGAGGCUGGCGCCUAAAUUAACCAGGUCGAUGCAACACCACGUCGACUUCUCUACUCCACGGACGAAACGUAUCUUGGCUCCCGAUAGCGAUGGGGAUGAUGAAAUGGACCUGGGUAUUCGGUCACCCCACUUUAUUGGAUCCUCACAGACCCAAUACUAUUCACCUGUCAAGGUGUCCCCGUUGAAACCAGUGCGGCAGCAAGUCACCCUUCUGGAAGACGACUUCAUUGAAAGUUCCCAAACUCAGGAAAGAGAGCUCGACUACCCAUUCUACCAUCCACCGCAGCACAAGUUAAGGUUCACCUCAGAAACGCCGGAGCCAACGGGAGCCCUCAGCAACACAUCUUCGUUCUCACAAGAACUACCUGUGCGCAACAUGACGCUUGGUGGUUCUGACGCAGCACCCCAUCGGGAAGCGGAGCCAGAACCAGAUCUUGCCACCCCCACUUCAUCCCAACAGCAAUGCUUUAUGUCAAGCCUCCCUCCUUCAUCUUGCCCUGACGACGAUUAUUCAAGUCGUGGAUCUCAGCUUGACGCUUUGAAUCGAUCUCCAUCUCCUCUUCACGAACCAUGUGAAGACGAAUUCCUUGCAGGCAACAGCCAAACGGAACAUAGUGAAUCCGGUGACGAAACUCCACUUCCUCCUAGUAGCUCCCCAUUCAAAUCCCCUUACUCGGAUGAAAGGGACGAACCAUCGGCCUCGCCGAGCUCACAAUAUCCGUACCCGUCCCAAAUACAUAGCAUAUACAAGAUGUUCGAAGGGGAAGAAAGCUAUCCUCCAGACUUUCCAAUGUCUCUUCGCGUGCAUACUAUCGUUACAGCAGCCAAUACUCCCCCGAUUUCGUUCGACAUUAUUUUCUCCUUCCAUGAUGGCCUUUCGUUGCAUAUAUCUCGACUUGCAUGCAUUGACGGACUUUAA